AACACGGAGAACGAGCUGAAGCUGUCCGGGAACGAGUUGGACCCGGCCAAACGAGGCUACGAGUCUACCUCCACUCUGUUCCCGACCACGUCGGCAUCAUCAAACGAUUCGAGAAAGUCUCGCAAGAAGUUGAAGAAGAAGAAGAAGAAGCCGAGGCAUCGUUACAUCACGAGCACGUUAACGUCCGUGCCGGCGACGCCUUCGCUGUUGACCACCACAGAGACGCCCUGGCAAACGACGCCGGUCCAGUGGCGUCUGGUGGCCGAGAGGCUCUUUGGCCCGCCCUGGCAACAGGAUCUCCACGGUGAAAGCGAAAAAACCGCAAGCCAGCGUUACGCCAGCGUCUCGCAGAGUCCCAGAGGCUUGCCCUCCAUCAGAGAGCUGAUCGAACAGAACAAGUCGAAAAGCAGCGGCAAGUCUUUCCCCUACGAUCGAAAGCCAAUACUGAGGGAGCACGAGGCUGCCGAACUUGGGAAUCAGAGGCCGAUGCGGUUUGGCAAGGUCGCUACGCGUAGCAACCCGCACACAGAGUUCGCGAACGUGUACGACAGGCCUACAGACGCAGAACGCGUGGCCGACUACGACAUACCGGAAACGUACCGCCGACUGCGAUACAAUCAGCUGUCGCCAGCGUCGCGAGAGUUCUUACGAAGACGCGAGGAGGAGUACCCGAGCGACUUCAACGUGCAGUCCGAUGGAUUUCCCGCCAGUGAGGAGUACGAGCCAAGAUCGCGAGAUUUCGCGUUGAGCAAAAGUUGGCCGGACCUGUCCUCCUACGGAUACAACCCACCCUGGAGAGCCGAGGAACGUCCUCUGUUGCCUGUUCCCACUGGGAAAUGGUCUUGGAGACAACCAAGCUCGAACGAGGCCAGCUAUUGGUCGCAACGCGGUAGCUUUCUACCGAUUGAGAAGAACUAUUGGUCGGUGUUGGACAACGAGCAGGAAGCCGAAGCCGAGAAAAUGUGGCAACAGCAACGAGUCCAACACUCGUGGAACAGAGACAGGCCCAACUGGCCCGCAGAGAAACCUGUGAAAGUUGCGCCCUCGUGGCAACAAGGAGAGAGGCUCGCGAAAUUGUACGACCGCGAUCAGGCGAACGGCGUCUGGGAGAAGAGCAAGAAUCGCUCCGAAUCGAACGACAGAUCAUCCGCGAAACAGGAGAAAAAGGAGAAAGUCGUGCUGCCUCAGAUAACCAUGAAAACAUGGAACAGCCUGACCUCUGAUCCAGCCACGUGGCCUCACAAGCUACCGGGCGCGAAACCGUGGCCGAAAGACGAGAACGGCAAGUCGUACAAUCCGAAUGCCGACUUGGUGAAGAAAUUGGGCUUGGACAAGCAGAGCGGCGCCGGCUGGUCGAAAAAAGAAGUCGAGAAGUCGAACAACGAGGGGAAACCGAAGGACGAGAAGCAGGGCAGAUUGUUCUCGUCGAAGGAGGAGGAGGAAGAGGAGAAACUGUCCUCUUCGAACGAGGCUGCCAGGCACAAGUCGUACGACGACAGAAGCAACUUUAGCGACUACAAGACGAGAUCCGGGGAGUCGAUGAAACCGUGGGCGAUACUGUCGGAUUCCAAGGUUUCGAAGGAUGAUUGGAUGAAGGCGGAGAAUAUGCAGAGGGAUGAUCCGGUCGCUUGGAGAAGAAAGUACGAGGGGAAGAAUUCGUGGAGCGAGGAAGCCCAUGCUUUGCCCAAGAUCCAAUCGGUCGGUGCCUGGGUAAUGGCGGCCGAUCAAUCCACUUGGAAGCCGUACCAGAUCAAACCGAUAGAGCCUGCCGACGAGAAUAGUUCUCAAAGGUGGUCCUCCAAGCCGCUUGGAAGGUCGAACACCGACGCCAAAUGGACGGGCAAGGGAUCUUGGCCCGAGAGAGCCAACGAUUCCUGGAUGGACCAAUCCCAGAGUAUAACUCUCUGGCCCGAGGAGAAGGCAAACAUCCCGGAACUCUGGUCCGAGAAGUCGAGCAAACCGGGCUCGUGGUUCGCGAAAGCCAAGGGGGGCAACUCCGACUCGUGGAAGGUGAAAGGAGAGUGGUUGUCCAAGCCAGAGUCCGCCUCGUGGAUGUCCAAGAUGGGGGACAAGAGUUCCUGGGCGACGAGAAGCGGCUCCUGGUCGACCAAGUCCAACGAAUCGUGGACGUCGAAGACCAACUUGGACAACGUGUCCAAGUUCAACGACGAUCCGUGGCCGGUGAAGGCCAAGGAGGAGGAUCCCGCGGAUUCCUGGACGAAGAAGUCCAACGAGCAGAACAACUGGACGGCGAAAGGCAACGAGCUGUCCCCGUGGCAGCAGAAGAUCAACGACGAGUGGAGUUACGGGAAGACAAGCUCGACGGGCACCUGGCCGGCGAAAUGGAAACAGUUCGCGUAUCACCGAGUGACCGCGAUGCCUAUCUCGAAGCCCGGCACCACGGCCGACGCGACCUCGUCCAAGUCAAAAAACGCGUUCGUCGCGGUGUCCGCGGUUUCUUCGCCCAAGUACACCGGAAACGAGUGGAGAAAGAACGAAGACGACCCAAGGAGCGAAAACGGCCACGCGGACGAACAGGAGCGGACGGGUAAUCAGAUGCAAGUGGGCCUCGAGCGACCGAUCUACGCGUGGAAGAAGGACACCAGUCUGCGAAACGGCCCGGCCAAAGGCAAUAGCAGCGACCCGUUGGAGAACCAGCUGGAGGCACUCAGGCAAAUUGACUUCUGGUCUUACAAAGAGAACGAGGCCGAGAAGAGGCUGGCGUCGACGAGCACGACUACGGAAACGACGUUCAAGAGCCCGAUGAACACCUCGACGACGACCACGGUGCAUCGUCGAGGAAGCCUGAUCACAGGGAACGACAACGGCUUGAUCGAAACGAAUCGACGAACGAUCUCGAUGAAA